GUGCAGGGACAACAAUUUGGAGUAGAGAACCGUUAUCUCAUAUCUAUGCAUAGUAGUGAACCUUUAUCUAUGUGUGUGCUGAACCUUUAUCUAUGUGGUGUAAUGAACCUUUAUAUAUGUGUGUUCGAUCUUGAAGUAAUAUCUGUGUGUGUAAUGAACCUUUAUCUAUGUGUGUGAGGUCUUGAAAUAUUAUAUACGUGUCUUGAAAUAUUUGAACUUAUCUAUGAGCUGUGAUGUCUAGUCUUAUGCAACGUCCUUAUAGUUUGUUAAAUGUGUUGAAGCAGGAAGAUGAUGAUGGCAUCAUGUAUGAGGAAGAAGAAGCCGAUGGAGGCAGCUCAAGUGAGGAUGAAGUUAUAUCCAGGUGUCGCAACAAUUUGGUGCAACAACAAAAAAUGAUUGUGCAGUUGGUUCCUAUCUUGGGUAUGUACUCUGAUAACUACUUCCUGAAACUACCUAAGAGGGUCGCUGGGGAUUCUGGUUUGGAAUGGGUGCAAGAGACACUAGCAAGAGAUACCCAAUGUUACAACAUGUUUAGGGUUGAGAGGCCUUUAUUUUAUAGACUGCAUAAUACUUUGGUCCGUAGAUAUGGGUUGAAAUCCACUAAAAAAUUGACAUCUGUAGAGGCUCUUGCUAUGUUUUUAUGGAUUGUUGGAGGCUCACAGGCAGUUAGACAGGCUGACAACCGUUUUAGGAGGUCUCUGGAGACAGUAAGUAGGACAUUUAGUAGAGUUUUGACAUGUCUCCUGAAGUUAGCACAUGACAACAUUGCACCCAAGGACCCAACAUUUGCAGAGAUGCACCCAAAUUUAGAGAAUCCAGCAUUUUGGCCAAACUUCAACGAUUGCAUAGGAGCUAUCGAUGGGACACAUAUCAAGGUUGUGGUUGAUAAGAGUAAGAGGAUUCCAUAUUUGAACAGGCACAAUGAGACCAGUCAAAAUGUGCUUGCUGUUUGUGAUUUUGACAUGAGAUUUACCUUUGUGUUGUCGGGAUGGCCUGGUUCAGCACAUGACAUGAGAGUUUUCAAAGAUGCCAUAACUACUCAUCACCACAAAUUUCCACAUCCACCACCAGGCAAGUAUUAUGUGGUUGAUGCGGGUUACCCAAAUCGUCCGGGAUACCUUUCACCAUACCGGUGUACAAGGUACCAUGUCGAGCAAUGGCAUAACGGCCCACCGCCCCAAGGUAUGAAAGAAGUCUUCAACCAUGCACAUGCCAAAGUUAGAAAUGUGAUAGAAAGAAGUUUUGGAGUGUUGAAGAUGAAGUUUAGGAUUUUGUUGAACAUGCAAAGAUUUCCAGAGGACAAGCAAACUAGAAUUAUUGUUGCAUGUAUGGCUCUUCACAAUUUUAUUCGAGAGAGUAGAAUUGCGGAUCGAGAAUUCGAAGCAUGUGAUGCCGAUGAAAAUUAUAACCCAAUGCCUAGUUCUGCAGCAUCAACAUGGCCAGAAGACGAACCUCUUGUUGAAGAUGUCAACAUGAAUGCCUUCCGUGAUGACUUAGCUCAUGCUUUGUUUCAUGAAGUGUAAUUGUUUUUAAUAUUGAUUAAGGACUUGUUGUGAUUUGGAUGUUUGAUUUGUGAAAAAAAAAUUAUUUGUGUUAUUUGUGUGUGGGAGAAGCCACACAAGAGUUUGCCACACUAAAUCCGGAUAAGGAAAGGUUUAAAUGAGACAAAUAAUUAUAAAAUAUCAUUUAUUGUAAACUAGCCUUUGGAUCCAAACACGUAGAGGGCUAGAGCUAGUUUGGGCUAGAGUUAGAGCUAGAAACUAGCUCUAGCUCUAGCCGGGUUUGAAGGAUCCAAACAGGGCCAAAGAAAAAAAGAACGAAAUUCUUCAGGCCCCUCCUCUCUUCGGGAGACAUCACAUGACCUAGCUAGUAACCGGUC